AUGUCAGGCAAAAUGCAGCCCACUAAGGAGGAAAUCGAAAGGGAAACAGAAACUUUCAAAGAAACUGCUACUCCAGAGUUAAAGGAGUCCCUCUAUGUUCACGAAGUUUACAAUGAGAUAGCGUCGCAUUUUUCCAACACCAGAUAUAAGCCAUGGCCGUUUGUUCAGCAGUUUCUUGAGGAGCUGCCGAAGUAUUCGUUAGGGGUCGAUGUUGGAUGUGGUAAUGGGAAGUAUUUGAACGUGAAUAAUGAUCUGUUCAUAUUAGGUUCCGAUUAUUCUACGGGAUUGAUCGAUCAAGCUCAGCAGUUGCAUAUGGGAGAGUAUAAUAAUGAUGUGCUAGUGGCGGAUGGGUUAAGUUUACCACAUCCAACGGACUGUUUCGACUUUGCCAUUUCUAUUGCAGUCAUUCACCAUCUUUCGACCGAGGAAAGAAGACAAGAUGCGAUUAGAGAGAUACUUCGAGUGCUAAAGCCGUGCGGUCGUGCAUUGAUCUACUGCUGGGCCUUAGAGCAAGAACACUCCAGAAGAGGAUACCACGAAGGAAUGGAUCAGGAUAUUUUAGUUCCAUGGGUUCUAAUGAAGAAGCAAACAAAGAAGAAAAAACUCAAGCUAGCGUCAGUAUCUUGCGUAGUUGAGCCUGAGUUAAAGCCGGACUCUAAGAUGAGAUAUUAUCAUCUCUAUAAGAAAGGAGAACUAGCCGAAGAUUGUAAAAAUGCGGGAGGUAAGGUUGUGCAAAGUGGAUAUGAGAGAGAUAAUUGGUGGACCAUAGUAGAAAAGAAGCAUUGUUAG